AUGGCUCGAGCAACAACUACAUUACUGAUUUUUCUUCUCCCGGUGGCUUAUUCAAUGGUGGUCUGGCCAGUUUUAGACCGCAACACAACUCGUUCAACGAUCGUACGUCCCAAAAAUUGGGCAGAGAAAAAUCUGGGUCAGUGGUGCCGCAACUUCACUGUUAAUGAACAUACUCAAUGCCCCCAAGCAUCAGCAUUCCACCAAUUCGAUUGUUGUGGACAACACGAAACUGAAUGCUGUUUCGCCAUUCAAGGAUGGGUCAUUGUGAUUCUCAUUAUCGUUGGCACCUGCGCAUCGAUUGUUUUAAUAUUUUCAACACUUCUAAAGCUCAACUUGAUCUGCCCACUUCCCUACUCAACCAAACCGAUCCCACCAACCUAUACCGGAAUUCAUGAUUGA